AUGGCGGGGCCGGCAGCAAGAGGGGCGUCGUCAUCAGCAGCGUCCGUCAGCAGGGGCGGCGACAGCAGGGGCGUCGUCAGCAGGGGCGGCGGCAGCAGGGGCGGCGGCAGCAGGGGUGGCGGCAGCAGGGGCGGUCAGGGGCUCUCAGCAGGGGGCGUCGUCAGCAGGGGCGUCGUCAGCAGGGACGGCGGCAGCAGGGGCGGCGCAUGCCCUUCAUCCCUGUUGGAAAUCAGUACCAAGAAAGCCCCCUUUGCUGAUCACCGCAACUACAGGUACACCCAGAUAGACGACGUGGCAAUGGGAUCUCCCUUUAGAGUCCUUUUUACCAAUUUCGAUAUGGGUACCGUCGAAGAGAGGGUCUUCCAGAAUUCCAGCAAACUAAGGAUGUACGUGCGAUACAUUGAUGAUACCUUCGCCUGCGCCGACUCCCAGGAUGAGAUAGAGCAGCUGCGAUGUGCAUUCCACGACCACAGCUGCCUCACGUUCACGAUAGAACAUUACCAAGACCGCCCGCCUCCAUUCCAUUGA